AUGAAAACAAAAACACUUAUUUUGGACUUGGACGAAACGCUUAUACAUUCGACUUCCAGGGGAUCACGAGCUGAUGCGCACAUGAUAGAAGUUAUGGUAGAUAAUCACGCUUGCCUGUAUUAUGUUUACAAGAGACCACACGUGGACCAUUUCCUGAAAAAGGUCAGCGAAUGGUAUAAGGUGGUAAUCUUCACAGCCUCUAUGCCAGAAUAUGCCGACCCGGUGAUUGACUGGCUCGAUCCAAACAAAAAUUUGAUAUCGCGAAGAUUUUUUCGCCAGUCUUGCACCAAUCGAAACGGAGCGUACAUCAAGGACCUGACGAUUGUUGAACCCGACCUUUCGAAAGUAUGCAUAGUUGACAAUUCACCGAUCUCCUACUCGAUGCAUCAAGGCUGGAUUAGCGACCAGCGCGAUGAAGCACUAUUAGAUUUGCUACCGUUCCUGGAUGCAUUAAGAUUCACCGAGGACGUGAGAUCCAUACUUUCUUUGCAGAUUUAUUGA